AAACAUUUGAUAACGGAUCCAAUUUCGAAUCCAGUGAUUGCGAAAAAACAAUCAUAUGAUGUUGUACUUUCAAAGUUGGAAGGUGAACGCGCCGAUUUAAACAAUCCAGUUGCAGCUCCCGCUUCUAAGGAUGAUAGUGAUAAAUCUGUUGAGAUAAUCAGUUACGGUCACAUGUUCAGCCCGUACAAGUCUCAUCUUCAACGUGAAUUUACUGAAGAGGUUCUGUCGGACCCAACGAAGAAAUUGUCGACUUGAUGCCAGGACUCAAAGCGGUUCGACUGGGUGACUUACCAAGUGGAGUCGUGUUGGGAAACCUCGAAUCACCGUUUUCAACCAUGCUACAUAAGAUGGGAAGAACCCUACAUAAAGCAACCGCCGUUACCCUAAAUUCAUUUCAAGAACUAGACCCUAAUCUUACUACAACCCUCUCUUCAAAGUUGAACAACUUCCUCAGUGUUGGUCCCUUCAAUCUCAUAUCCAAAGAAAAAACAUCACUAAAACUUGAUGAGUUUUCUUGCAUUUCAUGGUUAGAUAACCAAAACACAAAAACAAUUGCAUACAUAAAUUUUGGGACAGUUUUCACACCCCCGCCUCAAGAGCUAGUCGAGUUGGCUAAAGCACUCGAAGAGACCAAAACUCCGUUUCUUUGGUCACUGAAAAUGGAUUCCCAUAAGCAUUUCCCUAAGGGUUUCGUGGAGAGAGUAACCACUAAUGGGACUGGGAAAGUUGUACCUUGGGCUCCACAGGAUCAAGUGUUGAAUCAUGUUGCAAUAGGAGUGUUUGUAACACACUGUGGAUGGAACUCGGUGUUAGAGAGUCUAGGGGCUGGUGUCCCAAUGAUUUGUAGACCGUUCUUAGGGGAUCAACACUUAAAUUCUUGGAUGGUUGAGAGAGUUUGGGGAAUUGGAUUGAGAAUCGAAGGUGGGACUUUCACAAAACAUGCGACUCGUCGUGCUUUGGAACAAGUUUUCUCCUUGUCUAAUAGCCGACACGAGAGAAUGGAAGCAUUAAAAGAUCUUGCUCACAAGGCUAUUGAACCAAAUGGGAGUUCUAAGCAAAAUUUCAAGACUUUGGUAGAGGUGGUCACCGGUGUGACACAACAUGAAUAUCAUUGAAUUGACAUUUGUGUAAUGUUUCAUGUUUGGAAAGUUUAUUGUAAUCUCUUUUAUUGGAGUGAGAAUGAUAUUAUAUCAAAUAAACACUUAUAUUAUUUUGAUGAUAAUAUAUUAGAAUGUCAUACUUGAUUCUAUAUAAAA